UCACUGCAACGCGGCUGUGAAGCGUGUGCUUCCUGUGUCAAAUACGAAAAAUAUCCGCGUCGCAGCCAGGAUUUACUACUCAUUACUGCUGUUUUAGCGUCAAGAAAGGUUGGUUUUGUUUUGUUUUUUACCGUAAAGAAGUUUUUACCGGGACUAAAGAGCAACUACAGCUGUCGUGUGUAAACGUUUUUGGCGUCUCCGACGUCUCUGCGUGUGUGGUGGAUGUCUUCAACACAUCGACACCUUUUUAAAUCCUAAUUGUUACUGCGUGAACCAGAACCACGCGAUGCCAGAGAACAAAACGAUUUCCCUGCUGAUCCAAACACCCAACAACACAUCUGAGAGGAGAAACAAGAAGAAGACGAGGAAGAAAAGAAGCAGAAACACUGUUUCCACCUCCCCGCCACAAAGUCAUGCGACACCUCAGACUGUGUCUUUGCAUCCAGUGUCCCUGCUGAGUCCUGGUCAGCCUCGAGGCCUGCUGCCAAAGCUGAGAGCUGCCAGUAAGAAAGGCGGCGAACAGAGCAGCGGCAGCGGCUGGAGGAGCAAAAAACACCCAAAGAGUUUGACACCAGCAAACAAAACCAGGGAGAAUGAGAGUGGAGCUCCAGCGCAGGGGUUUGUGUCAGUGCCCAGCUCCCAGGCCAGGGAGAGUCUGAGGUGGGAGGGAGAACUGGGGGACCCCCGGGCUGAGGAGCAGAGGCUGGAGCUGUACAGGGCCGACAGACGGCAGCGAUACAUCACACACAGAGCGGCUCAGUAUGAAGCACUGAUACAGACAGAGCGUAACUGAAACAACUGUCAUUACAUUCAUUUGAACAGAGACUGAAUCCACCAUAAGAACUAUCCUCUCAGACCCGCUCUCAGGAUGGUUUUUUAAUGAACUUUGAAUAACUUGAAAUAGCCGUGGAUGUUUUAUCACUGAAUGGAUACAUUUGAUGGUUUACGUUUUAUUAUUCUGUGUUUCAUGUUACUUGACAUGCAUGAAUAUUUUAUAAUGUUAUGAAUACGAUAUCUUUGUAAAUUUGACUGUUUGUCAUUUCAGUUGUCUGUAACCCCAUGCCCCUGUAUCUCUCUCAUAAGAGACGUUUAACCUCAGAGACUUUAAUCAUGAAAUAAAGCUCAUAAACAAAUGAAUAAAUCAGGCUUUACUUUGCUUCCAGCUGCUGAACAAGAGGACCAAUGUUUCCAGGUUGUUCUUAAUCAAUUUCAAUGACUUGAAAUGUUUAAUACAACAAAAAAUAAUGCUUUUCUACACUCGUAAUAAUGUGUUUGGGUGCAUUGUAAACAUUAAAGUUGUUGUUUAUGUUUCUGUAAGGAUUUA